GGAGGUCACUGUAUCGUGAAGACUUUUCAUGGCUGCUUUGGAUAUUUGAACUCCACUCAAAUCUGCACAUUACAUCUCUAUCUCCAGCAAUGGACGGAAUCACCAACUCGGUGACGCGUUUACGUGCAACUCAACUUCUCCUUUUUACGACCCAUAUUCUCUUCACAUCCACUGCAUGGACGUAUAUCAUUACUGGAGCCGCCGCCCAAGGGCUUAGAAAAGGCUUCGAAGCCACCCCAGACCCGAAGGUGUCGUCGUUCCAACCUCUCCUCAGCGAUUCUACAGGCAAUUUCUCACUCGCUUUCCUCCGAGUGAACGAGAACCAGCUCGCUCUCGCCGUUCUCCACGUGCAGUCCUCCGAACCACUCUGGCUCGCCAACCCGACUGAGCUAGCUAGCUGGUCCGACACAACCCAGCUCUUCUUCAAUGGCAGUCUCGUGGUUUCAGAUCCCCACUCGAGGGUUUUUUGGUCAACUCGUACAGAUGGCGACGUCGUUAUGCUCCUCAACUCCUCGAAUCUCCAAGUACAAAAACUUAGGGACCCUCCCUCGGUUGUCUGGCAAAGUUUUGACUUCCCCACAGAUACCCUUGUCGAGAACCAAAAUUUAACGUCCAACAUGUCUUUGAAUUCAUCAAAUGGACUUUACUCUAUGCACUUAGGGUACGACUUUUGGGGCUUACACGCAAAGUUUGGAGAUAACUCGGAUCAGAUAUACUGGAAACACACGGCGUUAGAGGCCAAAGCAAAGGUGGUCGAAGGACAGGGACCGCUUUACGCCCAAGUCCACUCGGACGGGUAUCUGGGUAUGUACCAAAAUGGAAGCACACCAGUGGACAUACAACCAUUCAAUAGUUUUCAUAGACCGAUCAAUGGGGGGUUCCUCCGGCUCCGGUUAGAACCUGACGGAAACCUCAAAGGGUAUUACUGGGACGGGUCCAGUUGGGCCUUGAACUACGAGGCGAUCUCGGAUACUUGCGAGCUACCGAGUCCAUGCGGUUUGUACGGUUUGUGCAGCCCCAAGUACGGUUGCUUCUGUUUGGACAACCGGACGGAAUAUCGCUCCGGCAAGGAGUGUCUUCCCAAGGAGACCGGUGACUUCUGCAGCGAAAAGGUAAUUAAGGACAACUUCUGGGUUCUGAUGAGGAAUGGCGUUGAGCUGCCGUUCAAGGAGCAAAUGCAAUACGAAACGACAUCUUCGCUGGAAGAGUGCGAGGGCCUAUGUGAGAACAACUGUAGUUGUUGGGGGGCCGUGUAUAACAACGGGUCCGGGUUUUGUUACAUGGUGGACUAUCCGAUCCAAACGUUGGUAGCCACCGGGGACAAUAGUAAGGUGGGGUAUUUUAAGGUGCGGGGAGGUGCAGGGAUGAAAAAAAGGAACGUGGGUGUUGGAGUCGGGUAUGCAGCGGGGGGUGUGGCGGCGGUGAUCUUGAUUGGGACGAUAGGGUUUUUGACGUACAGGAUUUGGAAAAGGAGGACCCGGGAAGAGGAGGGUGACGUUUCACCCGGCCCGUAUAAGAAUCUGGGAUCAGCGAGCUUCAAGUCCAUCGAGAUGUCCAAUAGAUGAUACUGACGCAAGAGAUGACAUUUUUUGCGAUUUUUGGAGUUUGGAAGUUUGACUGACAGUGAUGUUCACAUGUUUACAACUAACUACGUUGCUUGAUGGUUGUGGAGCUAUGGGAAGGGUUGGGAUGGGGUGAUGGGGCCCGCUUACUGUAAUU